CAUGAGGCCGAGAAAGCCACGCUUGAAGCCCGUGUUGAUAACCUCUUGAACAAGCUCAACGGUAUCCGCGAGCCUUCCAUCGUAAGUAAUAGGAAACUGUUGAGUGAGCUCGAGGGAAUAAAUACUAAUGAAUGUCGUACGUAGCCUUGGCGAAAGCUAGCAGAUGCUUACAUGCAUGGUCGCCUUAGCAGUAACGGUAAACCGGUCUCUUGGAAUUGUGUUGUUCGAACAUCUUGCCGCCAAGGGAACAUGUCAAUGAAUCCCAAAACGGUCCACCCCGACCUUCAAUGGGCAGGGCGUAAGUACACGGAUAGACAAUUACGUCGGCCCCGAGAUGAUUUGCAGCGUGACGAAGUACUUCUUCUCUCACAGGAUAAGCAGAGCGAUGCAGCAGAGGGUGGUGAAAUUGUCACUAUCCCGCCUUUCCCGUUCGACAAGCUCCCGCUCAAUGUUCAACAUCGAGUAUUUCAGUACCUCCUCGUCAAGCCUGGCCUCAUCCACUGUCUGUCACGUCUCAGCCAGAAAAAUGAGCCUAGAGAAGAUGGAGUCUUCCCCUUUGCGAGCUCUGGGAAAUGUGGGUUUCCACACAGAUUCGUUAUUGGAAACCAAGGCGUUUCUAACACUUGGACAUGGAAGGGCUCUGAUGUACUCUACCCUCUCUUGGUGAGUCAACGAUGGCUAUACGUCGGCCUCCACACCUUCUAUGGCAUGAACACCUUUGCAUUCAGCUCUCUAGGCGAGCUCGGUCGCUUCUUCAAUGGUAUCGGCCAAUCACGGGCCGAGCGAGUCGCACACAUAGAGCUGAUGUGGCACGGGAGCAUUAUGCCGCGUGUCAAGUCGCGCAUCAACCAGCGUACCCUUCCGCUGAACUGGCUGACACGGAUGAGGCAACUCGCAACCUUCACUGUCUUCAUGGAGGAGGGUGCAGAACGCCGCGUUCGCCGCAAGCACGAGUUUCCAAAGAUCCCGGAGGAGGACAAAUUCGAAGAAGACUGGAAGUUUUACGAUUUCUCGGACCGAUACCAAGAUUAUACCCGGAUGUCAAUCGAAAAGAUUAAUUCACGGGGCCCAAAUCCUCACUGGGAUCCUCUGAAUCCUCCCUCCACCAAGUCUAAGGGUUUCAAUCCUCGCCAGUCUCUCAUGAAGCGUACCGCUGGUCAGCCCAACUGUCGAGCCAACAGAUCACUGCGAACAUGCCAUGGCAUGGAUUUCGUCUACCAGCUACGCGGCAUGAGAUGGGUACGAUUUUAUGAAGUUGGCCAGAACAGACGUCUUGUUCGCGAUUGGUCCUUCACAGACGACAUCAAUAGCGUUGCGACAAUGCCGAAGUCUCCGCGCUAUGCGGUAGAGUGUGAGCUUGCAAAUCUCACCACUCCGCAUGGCUUGAACCGAUUUGUGCCAGAGGGUCAGGACAAAGACAUGGUCCACAGUUUCUAUAAUCCAUGUGCCAUCCUGUCAGUGUGUGGCGGCUCGGACACAAGCAUAUCCGAGAACCUUUCGGGUGCUGAUUCCGCCGGCUCGUCCAGUGACACAAAUGGUGUUCCAGAUGCCGGUUCUGAUGAUAGUAGUCCCAACGAUGGUGAUUUCGGCGAUGGUGAUUCAGGCGUUGAUAUGAUGGGUGUAGAUGAGGAUGGCGACCCUAUUUUUAACCUUCGAUACCCAGACGAGUGGACUGAUUCCGACGAUUACGACAAUCAAUAUGUCAACAUGGAGGAUAACGAUGCCACCAAUUGCAUCAUAUACCCUGACGAAUCCGAUUUCGAGAGCGGGGAUGAUUACGAUGAUGUGGAUCUCGACGAUACCUUAGCUUGUGAGGAUGGAGAUUCAGGCGUCGGGGACAUAUAUAGCGACGUCGAAACAUCUUUCAUUGAUAAAGAUGAUACUGCCGCCAAAUACGAAACACAGCCUACCACGCAGGAGGAAGGCACGGAGUCUCAUUGCAGCGUAUUUGUCGCUGGCGCCGGCCCGGAAAAUGACGACGACGACGACGACGAGAGCCUGUUCGUAGCCGAGGAUCGUGACAACACAACGGUCUCCCCGACAGAGAGCUCGCAUCGAAGUCUCUCGCCAUAUCCUAGUGCCGUGGCAUCAAUGGGGCCGCCACCCAGACCUCAGGCAGGCACGACCGUAAGGAAGACUAUCACGAUCGACGAGGCCGCAGAGAUCAUCGACCUCACGGGCGACGAUGAUGACAAGAGCACCGGGGACUGCAACGCUACCACAAGCGACCGGAGCGACUAUGCUGACGGCGAGGUCAUAUUCGGUCGUGCCCCCAGCGUCGCGUCCACCGUGGUCAAGGAGGAGCAGUGGUCGAGCGACGAGUUCCGUCGUCGUGUCCUCAUGAUCGACCUCACAGGCUCCUUUGACCAGCCGGCCCCGCAGGGGUCGCUGAAGCAUGGGCAUGGCGAGGAUAGCGACGAUCCGGCAGAGCAGCCCUCUGCCAAGCGUGCGCGUACCGAAAGCCCCCAAGCCUGAGCGAGAGCUCGGCGAGGACGACGGUAACUCCGCUGCCACCGUCUCCUAGGGGCGCGUGCAGCGCUAUGUCACCCGUCUGAAAAUCUCUGAUUUGCCGACAGAAUCGAGCUUUAGCCUUGACAUUGCCCCGGAUGGUAACCGGGGGUUGCUGACGGACGCGAAAUUGCGAUGGAUUUUUGGAAUGGUUUAACAAUACUUUCUCCUGGAUUACCAGACGAGUCAACGAUACACCCGUAUUGUUUCGAACAGCCGUCCAGAUUACUGAAC